AUGCUUACUCCAAAAAUAAUCAUAAACCUUUCUUUAGAGUAUUUUCUUCCUAUAUUUUUUAUAGAAUAGAGAAUAUUCAGUAACAAUAAAGAUAUUUUAGAUAUUAUAACCAGGGGUGAAAAAAGUGUUGUCAUAGCGUUAAUUUCGUCAAAAAAAAUAUUUUAAAAAAAUUAAUAUUUAUGUUCACCCUAAGCAUACAACUUAGUAAGCUUAUUGAGGUAAUAAGGUAUUUUUUAAGUAUAGACUGAGAAAAUAUAUUAAUUAUAUAAAAGAUUUAUUUUAUUUAAAUUAAGCUAACAUAUUAUAGUUAAAAAUGAAAUAAAAUAAAAUAAAUUGCCUUGCUCUUGCAAUAUAUAUAUCGCUUUAAAGCCAAUUCUAAAGUAAGGAGGCUCUAAAACUAUUUCAUAUGAAUAAUUUAUUAAAUUAUUAUUAAUUUAGUUACAGAUAUAAGUACUCCUACAAUAGGAAAUUAUCAAUUUGUUUAGCUUGUUUGUUCCUUGUAGUUAAUUUUUUUGA